AUGUACACCUGGGCGAAGGCGCUGCUCGCGGUAAUUUGCGCAGUCGCCAGCGCCCUUUUUUCGGGACUCAUCCUGGGUUCCAUGUCCCUCGAUAUUUUGCAACUGCAGCUGCUUACUUACGUCGAACCGACGACUAACCAGGAUCGCGUUAACAGCAAAUAUGCCAGACGCCUCCUGCCGCUGCGGAGAGACUCGAAUCUCCUCCUAUCUACGCUUAUCCUGAGCAAUUCCAUGGUGAAUGCACUCAUGGUGCUGCUGCUUGGUGAUAUGCUAGACAUGACUUGGGGGUUCAUCGUCUCUACGCUGACCACGGCGCUACUGGGAGAAAUCGCGCCGCAAUCCAUCUUUAUGAAGUAUGCGUUGCGUCUAUGUGGCAUCUUCGCCGCGCCGGUGCGCUUUCUGGUAUGGAUACUAUACCCCUUCUGCAAACCGCUGGCGCUGCUGCUCGACUACCUGCUGGGGCCGUCAAACCAAGUCAUAUACACCCGCCAGCAGCUGAAGGCGCUGGUCGACCUGCAGCUCGAGAAGGGCAACGUGCUCACCAUCGAGGAGGCAAAGAUGCUCAAGGGCUGUCUAGAAAUGUCAUCGGUGAAGGCAGAGGAUAUCAUGACUCCACUUCAGGCACUGGUGCACAUCGAGGAAAACGCCACCGUCACCAAGGAGGUGACGCAAAAUAUCGCCAAGUCUGGGUUCUCAAACAUCCCCGUUGUUACCCCAGAACCCGACCGGAGAAUAGUUGGGUUCCUCGUCGUCAAGGACCUGCUCAUGCUGGACGACUCCAAGAGCUACAGGGUCAAUGACCUCUGCGCGACCAUCGGGAAGCCAGUGUAUUCCGUGGACUCGGAAAGCACCUUGAACGACAUUCUAGCGUUCUUCAAAGAGAACUCGAUUCACGUAGUUGUCGUCCGCAAAAUCGUCGUCAACCCGGCUACCGGCGGCGACCCCUCCUACGAGCACGCCGGCAUCAUUACGAUCGACGACGUCCUGCAGAUCAUGUUACAGGACUACAUCACGGACGACGCUGAGCGCGAGCUGGAGGGAGAUCAGCUCGUCAAGAAGAGGAACGAGUUGCAACUGGAGAAAUUCGAUAGGCUCAACAAUGUCCAGACGGUGCAUGAGUUUAGCCUCAACUCUAUUAGAAGUGUCUUCCCUCUGCGAAACCCCAUCCCGGUGCUACGCGCGCUGGAUAUGCCGGAAAACGCCCAUAAUAUCAACAUCAUAUCUCAAAAACGCGUUUUCCUGCUGAAGAGAAACACACUUAUCCCAAGCGGAAGCAUUAUUGUGCUCCUGAGGGGCAACGUGAGCUACGUGGACGACGAAAACGUUAUGACGCUGAAACUGCCCCACGCCAUAAACUGUGAUGAGCUCGAAAAAACCGUAGUCACGCGCACGGAGUGCGAAGUUGUCGAGGUCGAGCUAAACGAGAAUUUUAUGCGGUGA